AGGGAACUAUGGCACAGGUCGUUGAAGACACCAGCCUCGGGAACUGGGAGGUGAUUGGUGCUGGGAGUUUUGGACAAAUCUACAAAGCCAGGCAUCAUCAGUGGGGCUGUGACGUGGCCAUUAAACUGCUUCUUCAGGGCGAGGGGACCGAGAAGUCUUUGCUGCAUGAGAUCAAGAUGAUGAUGCAAGCCACCAGCCCGUAUGUCAUGGCCGUCCGAGGGAUGUUUAAUGGUCAGGCGCCCUCUGGCGGGUCAAGACGGCUUGGUGUGGUCAUGGAUCUCAUGAAGAGAGGAUCAUUGGCCUCCCUACAGCAAGCAUUGAGGGGAACUCCACCCUGGCCGCUGGUCUUCAGACUGGCUCACCAAGUGGCUCUGGGUAUAAACUUCCUCCACACUCUGCCCAAACCCGUGCUCCACCAGGACCUGAAGCCCCAAAACGUGCUGCUGGACGACUCUCUCAAUGCCAAGCUUACAGAUUUUGGCCUUGCCCGGAUUUCCUGCAGCGUCAUGCAUGUUUUCAAGGACAGUGGGCCAGUAGGAGGGACAUGCACUUACACGCCACCAGAGGCUUUUAACACAUCGUACGAACCUACCAGAGCCUUUGAUAUCUACAGGUAUGAGACCAUCGAACCAGCAGUCCAAUAAAAGUGUUUUAUU